UAAACCCUAAGUCUAGAUUAGUUAAUCCUAAGGGUAUAAUUGUAUUUUACCCUUUAUUAAAAGUGAGGGUAAAAGUGGUUAAUGUAAACAUGAAAAGUGGUACUAUGAAUGUGGUAUUUGUGGCAAUUUCCCUACAUAUAUAUGCUCCAAGACUUCGUGUUAUCAACUACUUAUUAUUUGCAGAAAAAAUAGUAUGUUUUGUUACCAUCUUUAUAAUUAAUAAUGCUGAAUCUUCCAUUUAAAUUCUCAGUUGUUUUUGAUGUUUUUUCCCCUUGGGCGAUGACAAGUUUUUCAAAUUUAGACUUCUCUUAAACUUUAUAUAUUUGUUUAAGAAAAACUUGGCGAAGUACCAAAAGAAGAAGAAAAACUGUUGGUAAUAAGAAACUCGGGUGAUACAGGAACGAGGACUUAGAGCACCAUUAUCGCAGGCUCUUAAGGCCCGUAUUUAGUAUUUUUAGAUUUAAAAAAAAAUAAAAAUUGGUUAAUUAGAAUGGAGACAUCGCUUAAUUAAGCGACAUAAGAGCAUGAUUAUCCAUGUUGCUUAGGUAGAUUGCUUAGAUGAAUUUUGAUUAAAAGAAAAAGAAAAUUAUCUUUUAAUUCAAGCACCGUUGCUUAAUUAGGAACAAUAAGCUACGUUGCUUAUCUCCUUCUCUCUCUCAUCUCUAUCUCUGUCUCUCUCCCCACUUCCUGAAAUCAGUAGAUUUCGGUUCCAAAAUGUCGUGAUUGAUCUCUUCUCUUGGGAUGAUCUCGUCGUCGUCUUUGAUCGUCUCGAGGGAUAGGGAUUGGGUUCGAUCGUCUCACCGAAACGCUAACUUCUCCGACGGGCUUAUCGCCGGCGAUGGGACGAUCAGCCACGAUCUCGAUGACUAAGAACCGAGCCUUCACAUGGAGGUAGAGGGAGAAGAUGAGUUCAGGGAAGAGUAUGCUUGCCCCUUCUGCUCAGACUAUUUUGAUAUCGUCUCUCUCUGCUGCCACAUAGACGAAGAUCAUCCCAUGGACACUAUCAAUGGGAUAACUUCUUGGGGUUUGAGGAGGUGGUCUUCUUAUUUCCUGGAAGAUGGCCGGAUUCUAACAACGAGGUACACUGUGAGAGCUUUUUGUAUGAGACAUUACGAAAAGAUUUCUUGUUGCGUCAUUGUGAGAGGAGACAAGGCAAUGCAACUUCUUGAGUGUGGCUUGAAAGUGAAGGAAUACAGAUCGAAUCUGUGAGUAAUGGAUUCCCCUCUUUGUUAUUAGAACCUUUCUUUUGUAUCUCUAUCAUUGUCUUAAGAUUGCUCCGUUUAUUGUUCUGUUUCCCAUCAGCAAGUUUUGUAAUAAGUUCACGGUUCUUGCUUAGCUUUGAAUCUGUUUGUUAUAUUAUAGACUGAAAAAUACUGAGGCCAUUCUUUUUAACCAUUGUGUAAUUGAAUUUGUGAGAAUCGCGUUCACUCACUAACAAA